GCACGUACCGCACUGUCAGCAUUCGUCCGUCGUCGUGUGUCCCGUCCGGUUGUCGUUGCUUGGUGUGCAGUCUCCGUCCAUCCGCACGGCCGUCGACCGACAUUUCGAUGUUUAUUUUUUCGUUCGUGUCUUUAAUGUAAUUGUCUCGUAGCUCGUGUCCGCAUAAAUUAUUUAUCGUUUAAUAUUGUGUUAAAUCGUCUUCUGCUCGUACAGCGAACACCGUCGUCGGGUGUAAAAUAUUCAUUCGAUUAUCCGACGAACGUCGAGCGCGCGCGUUGCGCGUUAGUCCGAUAACAUCAUAUCGUCGCGAUAACCAAAUCGACCAGAGCCGGCUGCAAUCGCACCGGAGACAAACGCGUUUUAUUGUCGUCGUAUUUUCUCCGCAGUCAUGGACGGCGCUCCGCACAUGGGUAAUUUCGAUUUCAUAAUGGACCAUCAUCAUCACCAUCACCACGGUCGCGCGCUCGAAUCGUCCGUGUCGCCGCCGACUGCCGUGGUCAUGCAACAGCAACAGCAAUCCCUCCAGCAGCAGCAGCAACAACAGCAGCAGCAACAGCAACAGCAGCAGCUUCCGGGCAAGGCCGAUCACAUCAAGCGGCCGAUGAACGCGUUCAUGGUGUGGGCGAAAAUCCAACGGCGGCUCAUCGCCCACGAUAACCCGAAGAUGCACAAUUCGGAAAUCAGCAAGCGUCUGGGUGCCGAGUGGAAAUUGCUCAACGAGACCGAGAAACGGCCGUACAUCGACGAGGCCAAGCGGCUGCGGGCCCUGCACAUGAAGGAGCACCCGGACUACAAAUAUCGGCCCCGGCGCAAACCCAAGAUCCAAUUGCACAACAACAACAAUAACAAUAACAACAUCAGUGGCGCUCAUAACAACAACGGUGGCAUGCUGCACGGGUCCGCCGGUAACAACAACAUGCACCAUCACCACGGGCCACACCACAAACAGGCCAACUUUCACGCUUUUCCGGUAGUGACUGCGAGCGGCGGUCCCGGAAGCGCGGCCAACUUCAACUUCCCGAUGCCGUACUUCUCGACCGGCCACCACCCGGCCCUGCACUCGUUCGACGGUUACUCGUCUGCGGGACUCGUCAACCCGUACCUGAGCACUGCCAUGCCGUCGUUCGAUCCCAUUCACCUGUCCAAGCUCGUGGCCCAGCAGCAGGCCGUCGUGGUCCAGUCGGGCGCAGGUAAUUCCCCGUCGCCGUCGUCGCAGAUGGCCGGUUCGCCGCCGCCCGCGGUCGGCGACAUCAACGCGGUGAACGGACUGCAGCAGCCGCUGCAACCGCAUCUGCACCAGCAGCAGCAACCGCAGCACCACUUGCAGUCGCCGCACAACAAGAACGGCGGCGCGGCUGUGGUCAGUUCGUUUUACAAUCAGUUUUAUCCGCCGGCCGCCGGUUCCGGCAAAGCGGGACCGUACCCGCACCAUCCAAUGAGCAUUUUCCCGUCGCCAUUCUCGUUCUACAACAACGGCGGCGGCGCGGGUGCCGGCACCGUUGAAGACCCGCACGGACAGCAGCAUCACCACAGCCACCAGUCGGCUGCCGCCGCCGCUUUCGCUGUCCAACAACACCAUCACCAACAAUUGCAACUGCAACAGUUGCAGCAGCAACACCAACAGCAUUUGCAACAACAGCAGCAGCAACAACAGCAACAGCAACAACAGCAGCAACAACAACAGGAGAGACCCGGAUCCACGUCGUCCGACAUGGAAAACGAUCCGACUAGACAAGUUCCUAACGCCUCCAACUCCAACAUUCAUUGAAACGAUUUUGAGAUUCGCACCGCCUACCAUACCCCGCACUACCUACCUGCCUGAUUUUUGGUUUUUAUUAUGUUUUUUUUUUUUUUUUUGAUACGGUUUUGUUGAUGCCAACGUUUGAUUUAUUUUUUACCUUAAUGUUGUGCGUGCGCGCGCCUUUUUAUUGCGAAACGUACCUUAUUUGAAUUUUUUACCGCCCCGAGUGGCGGUUGUUAAGUUCCUCCCCCCUUCACCAUAUCUCCUUAGCAACCGGUCUUUGUUGA